UUCAUGUGGCAAUAUGUUAGAGAAAAAAAAACUCAUAUCAUACUCAAACCCUAAACCAAACCCCCUUCUAACUCGGCAUCCCCAUCCCCAAACCCUAAAUUCCCUGUGCCUCAAGUUUGCAUUUUAACAGCAAGCAAAGGCCCUAUCAUCCAAUGAUGCAGGAUGCGUGUAGGACCUAAAUUAUUAGUUUUAAAAAAAAAAUUAUUUGUUGGUUUCCUAGGUUAUCUAGUUUUAUCCAUUUGUCUCUAAGCUUUAGUUUGCUAUAAAUACCCAGUUAUUUAACAUUUAGAUUUGAAUAUUGAGUGAACCUUUCCCUAACACUCUGAUUUCUACUCUUUCUUUCGUUCAUUCGAUUCGAAACUUUGAUAUCGUACCCAAACCCUAAACCAAUCUCCCUUCUGCCGCAGCAUCCCCAUCCCCAAACCCUAAUUUCCCUUGUGCCUCAAGUUAGCAUUUUGAUAGCAACGGAUCCGAUAUAAUGGGGGAUUCGAAUACAUCUCAACCUUCUGCCUCCGCCGAUUUGCUCCCCUACUGUCACCCCUUGAAUCGAUGUGUUAACUUCUCCCCUUUCCUCGAAAAGUUCACUUCAACCGGCGAUGAGGUCCUGCACUAUGUACAAGAGGUCGAGAAAUCUAUGCGCGAACUGUGCGAGAGAACGGAGAUGGAGAUACCUCUGGGCGAAGUGGGCAAGAUAUUGGAGAUCAAUAAAUCUCUAGCCGUGCUUUCCGCCCAGCAAAUGCAACUGGUCGAUUUGAUGCGUUCAAUGUCGGAGCAGUUUCGCUUAAUACAAUCAACGUUGGUGCAAAUCCAACAGGCAGAUAAUCCUUACCCAAGCUUGACGGAAGCUGCAUCUGUAUAUUUAUUUGUGUCUUAUUUUGAGAUUCAAGGAGAAAGUAAUGCAAUCUAUGAAGUGAAAUUCAAAUACGGAGCCCCAGUAGUUGGGCGUGUUGACAGGUUUUGUGAACGUGAGAAGAAUCAGGUUGUUGGCUUGGUCGCUGCACGGAUCCGCUCCAAUUUAUACGUCCUUGCACAGGAUUGUGGAUUUAUUAUUGACACGAAGACUAUGUCCAGAUGCUCAUCUUUUACUCCUCCAAUAAAACAUAAACGAUCACCACUUGUUGUGUCUGCAUAUGACAAGCUCUAUUGUCUUGCAUGUCCAUCGAGCUUCCCACCAAAUCUAGAGGCUUCCUUUGAGAGAUAUGAUCCCGAUAAGAAACUCUGGGAGAUAAUGCCUUCUUAUCCAUUUUAUAAUGAUUAUGACACCUAUAUGAAUAUAACUGGUUAUGCCAUUUGUUAUGGGGUUAUUUUGUUUUCAUUGUGUGCCUCGAGAGGAAAGAAUUUCGAUGUCGUUGCAUUUCACAUAAGUAGAAACCAAUGGAAGCCAGUGGAAAUUGACAUUUCUGUUUGUUGUGCUCCUUUCAAAGGGAGGGCUGUGGUUGUAGGCGAGAGAAUCUAUUCCGUACAUGGGGAGGAGUUGAUAGCAUUCGGCUUUAAGAUGUACAAAGGUGAUGACGGUAGUCUUGUAUAUUUCCUAAGCCAACUGUUUGUAUUGGAAGGCCUGGAGAUUGCGCAUCCACCAUUGCCAUAUGGGGGGAAGUAUAAGACAGAGUAUUUGGUUCAUUUGGGGAACAGUGAGUUUUUCUAUGUCAAGACUCGCCGUACACUUCUCUCGGUUCAAUAUCUUUGUAUCACCACGUUUCGAAUUGUUGUUGAAGAAGCAGGAAGUCUUAAGAUGAAGACCAUACAUUCUACUGUUCGUUCUGUGGAUAUACAGUGCGGUGAAUGGUUCAAUCUUAUUUCGUGCUUCAUGCCUGGGUGCGAGGAUUAUGAACCUAAAGAAGAAGAAACCAGUCUGGAUGAGAGUUUUUCUAUGGUGAACCAUAGGAGAAUGGCAAAGAAACAAGCUGGGCGUGGAAUAGCUGCCAGGGAGCCGGAAUUGUUUUCCGUCAGGAAUAGGAAGAGCCAGGCAUCGUGAGAGAGUCAUUGUUGUAUUUAAUCUGUUGUAGC